AUGACCGUUAACGAUUUUCUCGCCGGAUCGGUGGCCGGCGCUGCCGGGAUCUUCUUCGGGUACCCGUUGGAUACGGUAAAAACACGACUGCAGACCAGCUCCAGCUAUUCGGGCAUAAUUCAAUGUGUCGGGAAAGUGUUGAAAACGGAGGGGGUGCUAGGAAUGUACAAGGGGGUGACGGCGCCGUGUCUUUUUGCCGGCAUCCAGCACUCGCUUCUCUUUGCCGGGUACGCCACCACCCUCCAUCUGAUGCAUCCGGGAGAGGCGCACGUCGAAGCGCGCAAGGAUUUGCCCCUGGCCGAGAUAAUGUUCGCCUCGUUCAUCGGCUCCAUCCCGCAACUAAUUCCGUCGAUACCGGUGGAGGCUGUGAAGACUAGGCUUCAGUUUCAAACGGAGGGCUACGCGUCCGCCUCGGCCCGCUUUCACGGCCCGUGGGAUUGCGCACGAAAAAUGUGGAAAGCCGAGGGCAUUCGCGCCGUUUAUCGGGGCGGAAACGUGAUGGCCGUUCGAGACUGUUUCGGCAACCUGUUCUAUCUACCCGUCUACGAGACGCUUCAUCGAUUUUUGAAGAAUCGGGGCUCGAACACGACGGCCGCGCAGUUGAUAGCCGGAGGUUGUGCGGUGAUCAAGAGUCGGAUACAAAUUGCCGACACGCCGAGAUCAACCCUAGCCGUCGGUCGCGAAAUCCUGGCUGCCGAGGGCUGGCGGGCUUUUUAUAAAGGCGGUCUGUCGAUGGUACUCCGCGGAUUCCCGGUGAACGCCAUCAUUUUCCUCGUCUACGAGCAGUGUCUGCUUUUCAUGGAAAAAGAAAAAACGGCCAAC